AUGAAUCUUCUUAAUAUGGACGCGGAAAACCGCGUGGUUCUGAACGUGGGCGGUAUUCGUCAUGAGACCUAUAAAGCUACUUUGAAGAAGAUCCCCGCGACUCGGCUGUCACGACUGACGGAGGCGCUCGCCAACUAUGACCCUGUCCUCAAUGAGUACUUCUUUGAUCGGCACCCGGGUGUCUUCGCGCAGGUGCUUAACUACUACAGGACGGGAAAGCUUCAUUAUCCGACGGAUGUGUGUGGUCCAUUGUUUGAAGAGGAACUGGAGUUUUGGGGCUUGGAUGCGAACCAGGUGGAGCCUUGUUGCUGGAUGACGUAUACGCAGCACCGAGAUACUCAAGAAACCCUGGCAGUGCUGGAUCGCCUGGACCUGGAUACGGAGAAACCGUCUGAUGAGGAGGUGGCCCGCAAGUUUGGCUUCGAAGAAGCCUACUACAAUGGGACAGUGUCAUGGUGGCAGCAGCUAAAGCCCCAAAUGUGGUCUUUGUUUGAUGAACCGUAUAGUUCUAAUGCUGCUAAGAUAAUCGGUGUGAUAUCGGUAUUCUUCAUCUGCGUAUCCAUCAUAUCGUUCUGUCUCAAGACUCACCCGGAUAUGAGAGUUCCAGUGAUAAGGAACUAUUCUGUUACGACCGCUAACCAAUCGCCAAGCUGGGCGUUGGAUAAAGUGCAGACGAAUGCACACGUCGCGUUCUUCUACAUUGAGUGUGUGUGCAACGCGUGGUUCACCCUCGAGAUCCUAGUUCGCUUCAUAUCCAGUCCAAACAAGUGUGAAUUCAUCAAAUCCUCCGUCAACAUCAUCGACUACAUCGCUACAAUGAGUUUCUACAUCGACCUCAUUCUCCAGAAGUACGCGUCACAUGUGGAGAACGCUGACAUCCUGGAGUUCUUUUCCAUCAUUCGUAUCAUGAGACUAUUUAAAUUGACCAGGCAUUCGUCUGGUCUGAAGAUUCUUAUACAGACAUUCAGAGCAUCAGCGAAGGAGCUGACUCUGCUAGUGUUUUUCUUAGUGCUUGGUAUAGUGAUAUUCGCAAGUUUGGUGUAUUACGCUGAGAGAAUUCAAACGAAUCCCCAUAAUGACUUCAAUAGUAUACCCCUCGGUUUGUGGUGGGCGCUGGUUACCAUGACAACGGUCGGGUAUGGAGAUAUGGCUCCGAAGACUUAUGUUGGAAUGUUUGUUGGUGCUUUAUGCGCCUUGGCUGGUGUACUAACAAUUGCUCUACCAGUACCCGUAAUAGUAUCCAAUUUCGCAAUGUACUAUUCGCACACACAAGCAAGGGCGAAACUGCCGAAGAAGAGGCGAAGAGUCAUCAAUGUAGAGCCUACCAGACCGCCGAUGCGUGCACCAGGAGCCCCAGGUGCCCCAGCAGGUCCAAUGGCUCCAGGGAUGGGCCCUCAGGCCGUGAACAGAAGAAUGAAUGCAAUCAAAACUAAUCAUCCUAAAGAUAUGAUGGGACCGAAUAUGGUCGCCAGUCUAAUGCCUGGAAUGGACUUAACCGUAGCGUCUCGCCUAACACCAGGCCCACGAGACCUCAGCCCAGCCUUAGCCAUUGCCAUACCACUCAUGAAGUCAGUCAACCUGGUUCCAGUACAGUGUUUCGACAACAUGGCGUAUAACAGUGAGAAAUUGGAUGUUAAAGAACCUCAAAAUUCUAUUGAAGAUACUGGAUAUAAAAACGAUGAUAAAACUGACGUUAAAACCCCAUUACUGCGAGAUCAUAAAAUUGAAUCGAUGGACGAAACGAAAUUAAGGGACACUAAGGUGGAGAAACGGAAAUCGUCCGCUUCGACGUAA